UCACGGGGCACUUUCUCCCUGUGUACUUCAAGUCUAGUCGCCAGCCUCAACAACGCCAUCGCCGUUCCUUACGUACCUGCCUCCCUUUUCUUUUGUCGAUCUCCCGCUCCGAGGAAGAGUCUAGCGCAUAGAGCCGUCAUGGACGCUGUGGAGCUGCCGCCUACGCCAGAUCCGUAUGUUUCGCCGCCACAGGUGGUGAUUGUGGUGGGAUGGCUGUUGGUGAGCGCGUUUGUGGUUGCGACGGGCGUGAGGCUAGGGACGAAAGUUUCGAUGAAGAGGUUGUUGGGAGUGGAUGAUGGGCUGAUUGUGCUUGCGAUGGUCCUUGGUAUUGGCCAGAUGGUCGCUACUUUUGUGCAGGCGCGUCUUGCGAAGGUGGAAAUGCCUACGGGAGAGGACUGGAUCAGCUUCCAGCAGGCGUUCUACGCUUCGCAAUUGCUGUUCGUUCCGACGAUUUGCAUCGCAAAACUUUCGGUCCUCCACUCACUGCAUCAAAUCACGCCUGUGCGAGAACACAAGGCGCCGAUCAUUGCUUUCGCGGUCAUUGUCAGCGUGAUAUUGCUCGCGUUUGAGUUUGCAACCGGGUUCCAGUGUGGGACGAGCUCGACCAUAUUGUCGAGCAAAUGCUUCGAUCAGACUGCCUUCUGGGAAGCCUUUGGGGCGCUUGAUAUCGUGACCGAUGCCUUCAUCGUCAUCUUCCCCAUCUAUAUCGUUUCAACUCUGCAAAUGGGUUUGAAGUUCAAGAUGGUCGUAGCCGGAGUAUUCGUCACGCGGAUAGCCGCCAUCGCCGCCUCCACAUCCCGCCUCGUCUACCUCUCCCGCUCCCGCGCCACCGUCCUCUUCUCCCCUUAUCCCUUCUGGAUUUUCACCGUCUGCACCUGCAUCGAGUCCGGCCUCUCCAUAAUCACCGCCUGCAUCCCCUUCCUGAAGCCCUUCUUCGAGUCGCUCGAAACCGGCAUGCUGGCGCCUAGCCACGGGCUCGCCUCAACUUUUGGCACCACGGCCGGCGGGUCCGGCAACCGCAGCAAGAAGAGCCAGAAUAGCAAUAAUAGCUUUAAGCUGAGUAACCGGGGAGGCGAGGGGCUCAAUGUGGGGAUUAGUGUUAGUAGGAGAAUCAGCACGCAUAGCGAAGAUCGGGCGGGGUUGAUUAAGGAGGGAGGUGAGGCUUGGGUGCAUCAGGUGCCGAGUCCGCCGAAUAGCUCCAAGCAUGAAGUUUGA